AUGGGGGCGGCCGGUGGGGCAGGAGAGGAGGGAAAUGGGGGUGGGAAGGAUGGGGAGGAGACGAGGCUCCUGGAGGAGGUGGCUCACGUGUUGGACUUCGACUUGUUGUGCGCCACCGUAGCCCUGCAGACGCAGGGUUUCUCGGUGGACAAAAGGGGGAGUGGCGGCGUGGGGGAGGAUGAAGACGAACUGGCGGUGGAGGUCGAGGGCGUGCAGCGGAUGUGGGAAGGAGGUGUGUUCGAUUGCUUACAGGACCGCCAGAUCGCCAUUGAGACCUCAUGGUACGGUUUAUUUAUCCUUUUUUUCUCUCGUUUCUGAAACUUCUCUUCCUCCCCACCUCUUUCUGUCCUCAAUCAUGAGUUUUCUGUUUUUUUACCAUAAUUCAGAAACCUGGGAGAAAAUAUCGAGUUUUGAAUCUCUGUAUUCUCUUCUCUUUCCUCUCUGUUUCCCUCGUUCCCUGGCUUUUAAAUUAAACAAGAAAUGCCGGCUGGCUGAUUCCACUUGUUUACCUUUUUCAGAAUUCUACUGAGUUUCACAAAUAAGAACGUCAAAUCUUCAUUUCUUUACUUGAAAAAUUGAAGAUCAUGCCUAGCUUGUUCUCAAAUGAGGAUCUUGUUGUUUCAGCUUACCAUGCUACAGGUUUGGAAAAAACAUGAGCAGAGCCAAUCUUGGAUCCUGCUUCUUUCAGGUGACUGUGCUGCUAAUGAAACGACAGAUGCCUCUCAUUUUUCUCAUACAUUCGUCCUGGAAUCUUUUUUCUGUUAAAGAUAACGUCUUUAGCGAUUGUUUGAAUUUAUUACACUUGAUUCUGAGAUGCUAUUUCCUUAUCCUUUGGUGGUAUUAAUAAUGAUACGGUUUGUGAAACGUUAUCUAUUAAUUAGGUCUCGUAAAUCCUCUCUCCAUCGGAAAAGUCUUAUAUGUAUUAGUAGGCACUGAUCUUAGAUACCAGGACUGCUACUUGAGUUAUGAAAAUUUACAGUAGAAAACAGAAAUAAGAACUCCCAAUUCGUCAUCUAUGGACUCUUGGAGAAAUUUGAUCAUUUGCAGGAGUUGCAAGAGGGUUUGUACAGUAGAAAAGUUCUCAUUUAAAUUUUUAAAAUAGGGCUUGCAUAAUCAGAGAAAUAAUGUAGGAGGAAGUAGAAUAAUUAACUUAAAUGUCAGGGAAUACGUGGUGUGCAAGCAGUGCGGGGACUUCUUCCUAGGUACAAGGGCCCUACCCCAAACCAACAGCCUUCAUGCCAAGCGACAAGCUCUUUUGUUGUUAACAUUAUUUAUGGUAUUUAACUUCAUUGUAACCGGUCGGUCAUAUGAUGCUACCUACCGUCUUCAUUAAAUGGAAAUCUCAUCGCUUUAUCUUGCCACUAAGAUGAUCUAUGGAGGUUUCCUCCCCUUAGUCUAUGUAUUAUAUCCCUAUACCUGAGACCAGAAACCUCUAAAAUCAUAGGAAAAUAAAACGCGUUCUCAUCAAAUAAGCUCAACCUCGGUUCUCUUGAUCAUUGAAUAUAUGGAAAUGGCCGCCCUCUCUACUGACUAAAUUCGGCUUCUAAUGCGUUAUCAACACAUGGUUUCUGCAUUAAAGUAUACUGGGGUCUGAAGAUUGUAGCAAAGAACAUGAUCCUUAGCCUUCAGUUUUUUUGAAAUCUUCAAUGGCCCUGAUGAUAUCAUCCAGUAUAUUGGCCAUAUUUUUAUUACUGCAUUCUUACUUUUCAUCCAAAUCCUGAUUGAAAACUGAAUUAAGAUCCGUCAGUUUCUUGAUCUAAAGAUAUGCAGAUCUAGAUUGUUGUGCAGUGAUGGCAUUAUGCUAUUCACAUAUCAAAUGCAAUCAGUACAUUUCGCAUAUAAAUAUGCCAUGAUAGAGUUGAUAAACUGAAACUUUUAUAAUGAGCAAGUCCUGGCUUAUUGCUUUCUCUAUGAGGAAGGUUGCAAACUAGCCAUGACAUGUAAUGGUGACCGAUCUUGAUCAUAGAGGAGAAUGGCGGAAGAGCGAGUGAUAAAGAAUUUAUUCUGGUAGUAGGCGGUGCAGAUAAAUGGACAGUCUAGUAUAAAAGGCAAUAGUGUAUGGGAAGCUUCUUAUUAAAUCUAUUUCCCAUUAGUUGUAUCGUUCUCAAAUAAGCCCAUGAAUCUGGCGACAGACUAUUCUGAACACAAUUUGCUAAUCAGAGUUUGUCAUGUUUUUACAGUUCUCAUUGCAUUACCUGGGUUGUUCAUUAUUUUUAGUUUAAACUGUUUCCUUCUCUGGGGGAAGUGGAUGUUACGUUGGUUCACUGUGAUUGCUUAGAUUAGGGUCAGAUCGCUAAUCCUCUACCUAAUCCGCAAGGUACUAACUCUAAUGAUGAAAUCUUACGGGCAAUAACCACUAGCUGUAAGUUGAGUGUAGGCCCGAAAUCAAGGCUGUGAAUUUACGCAUGGAGGGCAAUGGAGAGAAGAGAGGACCCUGUCCGUUUUCAGUUUUUGUGGAAAAUUGAAUGCGACACGAUUGCAGCAUGAACGAAACUAGCUAUGAGAUUUAUUAAAUGCCAAAAAUGGUGGGGCCUCGAAGUAAUGUCAGGAAAUGAUUGUCUUAUUUGGCGGUUAAUCUAGAGUGAAUGAGUGGGGUGGGGGGGGGGGUCAGUGUGUCCCCGGACCUGUUUAUCAGCCUUUCGAACACAAUACCACAGUUUCUACAAUAUGGCUCUUGAUGUUGUUCUGUCAACUGGAUGGGUUAGGAGGCAAGAUUAAGCCCAAAAGCGCUGAAUGUUUGGGAUAAUGUAAGGUUCAAUGGUGACCAGUGCUGAUCUGUGCCAAGCCUUGGAGGCUUCAAAGGAGGCUGCUGACCAAUCAAAGGGAGGCGGGGGCAGGACCUCCAAUCUCCUCCUCAUGGGAUUGGUCUCCCACCUUUUUUCUCCAAGUAGACUACUAGUUCACAUUCAGGCCAAUGAUGCCUCUUACUUUACAUUAUGAAUCUAUGCGGGUUUCAUCCGCGAGCCUUUGAAUCAUCACAGAAUUUCAAGAAUCAGGCCUGUUCUGCUGUGAUCCCCCUGGUCAAUCACCAAUCUUGUAGUGAUCUUCACGGUAUGAGCAAUAGCAUCGAAAAAUCUGCCUGAUAUAUUAUCUGUUUUCUUCCAUUUCCUUAUACUUUAAUUAUUUUGAUGCUCUUUUAUUGGCCGGCCACCGGCAGUCAAAGCUUCUGAUUAGUUCUCUAAUUAGGUUUUUAUUUUAGUCUAAUCUUGGUCGUACUACGAAUCAUUAAUCUUGCUUUCUGCAGGGCGCUGUUUAUUUAUUUCUCACAGUCGCGAUUCUCUUCAAUGCCGUUGCCUUCAUGAUCACCUUGUGGCAUGGCUUCUUGUAUUUGGGGAUUGUCUCCGUCACUUCAGCCGCAAUUUAUCUCGGUUAUUCUCGAGGGCGGAUCAGAAAGCAAUUUAAUAUAAGGGUAAGGAAUGGAAUCAUGCCGUAAAACAAGCAAUUUUAUAUCCAUUAUUUGGUCAGUUAUGGAUAACUGCCAUGGGAGCUCCCCCGACUUCUAAGCCGUAAAAUGUUUGGUGUUAGAUGCAGGCCAGAGAUUCUGCCCUGGAUGACUGUGUGAGCCACCUGGUGUGCCCUUGCUGUACUCUGUGUCAGGUAAAUACUGGGCUCUACUGGCCCACCCCACGCUUUCAAAAUAAAUAAAUAAAUAUAUGAAGCAUCAGAAAAAGGAAGAUUUCUUCACGUGUAUGAGUUUUCUUUGUGAUACAAUUGGUCAUUAGUCAGUCUUUUCUAAGGGGUUUUUUUUUUAUUAAAAAAAAACCUAUUUCUUUUAUUGGGGAAGGGCACUUUUUUUUAAUAAGAACGCGAAUCUGAUUCGGUUUGGCAAUAAUUUUCUUGAAACGGACGAGAUUUCAAUUGGGUUGAGAAAUACUUGUGUAGGGUUUCAAUUCGAUUGGGUCCAGCCAAGAUCCACUGUUGGAUCUAGCUUGGAGCCCAGACCUCUGGGGAUGGAUUUUAGCUUGCCAUAUGAUGCAUUUUUCUCAUUAAUCGACAAAUACUCUCCAGCGAAGAGGGGUGUUUCUUUUUUGGUGGGUUUAAGUGGGUUUUUAUUUUGUGACAAGAACACUAAUUUAAAAAAAAAAAAGAAUAUGAGGUCGAUUAGGCAGAGACGUAGUUUUCUUUUUCUGUGAUAAGAACACGAUUUUGAUCUGACUGGGUUGGAUGAAGAUUUCAUUUCCUCUGUUUCUCACCAUCAAUCCACGGCUGGCAUCUCUCAGGAGUCGAGAACUCUGGAGAUGAACAACGUGCAGGACGGCGUGUGGCACGGCCGCAGCGACACGAUUUGCAUCGGCAGCAAGACCUUCCCGGAACUCCGCCAACCCUCCGUUAUCCCCAUCAAAUCCCCCGAGCUCUGCGACAUGGAGAGGGCGACAAACAAGGGUCGCCAUUCUUGGAGUCCAGACGCCAGCCGCCAGUCUUCCUCCUCUUUGAUUCCAGCUACUUAA